CUGGCGGGAGCAGCGAUGCUCGGGCGGCGGAGCGGCGGGAUGCGGCGGGGCCGGGGCGCGGCGCUGGCGGCGCUGGCCGCGGUGCUGCUCGUGGCUGUGGCCAGAGCCCAGGUCCAGCAGGAGCCACGGCUGGAGACCACCGAGAACACCGGCAUCAACAUCAGCUGCUCACAUCCCAAAAUCCAGAGCAACGAGUAUAUCUACUGGUACCGUCAGCUCCCGGGCCGAGGACCCGAAUUCCUAGCACUCAUUGUGAAAGAGUCCAAAGAGCUGCCGGACAUUGCGGGCGGUCUGUGGGUGUCGGCAGAUCGCCGGAGCAGCGCGCUGUGGCUCCGGCGGCCCCGGCGCGGGGACGCGGCCGUGUAUUACUGCGCGCUGGGGGACACGGGCAGAGGAGCCGGGGCUGCGGCCGGGCACGAACCGCCGCGGGCGGGGCCGGGCGGGGCCGGGGCCGCAGCGCCGCCCGCGGCCAGCAGGGGGCGCUGCCGCUCGGCCGCCGGGCCUCAGGCGGCUCCGCAGCUCCUUCCUGCGCAGCGACCCCGCGCACACCGCGCCCGACACAGCCCUGCACGGCCGCCGGACACACGGCUCGCACAGCCUGCCCCCUGCGCUUACACACUCGGCACGCACUGCCCGGCCUCCCCUCCGCCCCUCUGCCUCCUCUGCCUGGCAGGAAACUGCUGCGGGCUGCGGCUCUGCCAUGGCCUUUGGCCCUCUGGGCGCGUGCAUUGCUCUUCUCAGCCUGCUUUGCAAAGCAGAGCUGCUCCUUCAGGCCAGCAUCUGUGGUGGGAGCUGACAAAGCAGCUGCGCUGGCAGGCACACAUGGUCUCAUAAAUGGAGUGCCGUCACCUCAGUAGGUCCCAGCGGGAGAGAUGUUUGCAGGGAGUCUUGCUGAGGUGACAGGGAAAUCUCCAUCUCUGUCCCUGGGGAAAUGUCUCUGCCUCGUACUGGAACGUGGAUGAGAAGCCACUUUCCCAUCUAGAUGUGUAAGGAGGGUGUACUUUGAAUCCCACCUGAGGCUGGAAUUCGCUUCUCUACAUUUUCUUCUCAUCCUCGGCUUCCCCCAAACACCCUUGGAUGAGCAUUCAGCAUCGUCCUGAAAUAGUAGAACAUCUCGGAGGGAAAACAAGGAAUGUGUUGGAUUAGAGGAGCAUUUCACAUCAUCGGAGGGCUCUGUCACACCCACCUUCCACCUGAAACGGAUUGGUCCCUUUUCCUUCACGUUUGUCACUUCUCAGGCAGCCUGCAAAGCAGAUGCCAGGAUUUAGCAAUGCUGCAAGCGUUGCAGG